AUGGAGUCUCUUACCACUGCCCCCGAGGCAUCAUCUUUUGUCCCCAUUGCGGAGCAUCAGUCGCGCACUCCGAGCUCCUUCUACUCCGGGCCACCAGUACUGCACUACCACAGUCAGCGAUGCAAAGUCGUCAUCCUUGAGAGUGACCUGAUCGCCAAUCCUGCCUUGAACUCUUUGCGCGGCGAAAAUGCGACAGCAAACGGAAACAGCGCGCAAGCCAACGAGGAUGGGGAGAGCACUGAGGUUGCCAUUGAGGGCGUGGAUACAUGGGUCGGAUCUGAUAAAUUCGUCCUCUACUCUCCCAGCGCUUCAGCAGGAGUUUCAAUUCCCUACCCCUCCAUCUCCCUGCAUGCCGUGCAGCGCCUGCGCGUCCCAGGCACCGACACCGAAGUCCAAGGACUAUACAUGCAAAUUGCGAUUCCCACCCCUCCCUCCGCAGAUGACGAAGAAGAAUGCGUGAUUCUCACUGUCGUUCCCACCGAUGAAACACCCGCAGCCCAGCAUACAGAUACACCACCAGAGCUAGAUACCUCCGACGAAACAGAAUCACCCACGCAGCAACUCUACAACGCCGUCUCCGCCUGCUCGAACCUGCACCCUGAUCCCGUCGAACCGGGUGAUGAGGACGAUGAAGAGAAUGGCGUGGCCAAGUUCAUGACUGCUGAAGAGUAUGGCAAUGGCGAUCUCCCGCCUCCUGUGGCUGGGAGUUCAGGAUGGAUUACAGCGGAGAAUAUGAAUGAGUUCUUCGAUGAGGAGGGCAAUUGGAUUGCGGAGGGCGAGCCACCAGCCUUCCCGCUUGGCCCUGGGGCUGGGACUGUACAUGAGCGGGAGGAUAAUGGAGGUGAUGAGAACGGGGAGGAAAAUGAUGAGUCUAAGUGGCGACGCACUGAUUAA